CCCGCCCCCCGGCAUCUCAUUAAGCGAGUGUGUUCCUCUCGCCCUGUCAAUAAUCUCCGCUCCCAGACUACUCCGUUCCUCCGGAUUUCGAUCCCCCUUUUUCUAUCUGUCAAUCAGCGCCGCCUUUGAACUGAAAAGCUCUCAGUCUAACUUCAACUCACUCAAAUCCGAGCGGCACGAGCUCCUCCUGUAUCUUCGGCUUCCCCCCCCUUUGCUCUUUAUAUCUGACUUCUUGUUGUUGUUGGUGUGUUUUUUUUUUACCCCCCUUUUUUAUUUAUUAUUUUUUUGCACAUUGAUCGGAUCCUUGGGAACGAGAGAAAAAAGAAACCCAAACUCACGCGUGCAGAAGAUCUCCCCCCCUUUCCCCUCCCCUUCUCCCUCUUUCCCCUCCCCAGGAGAAAAAGACCCCAAAGCAGAAAAAAAAGUUCACCUUGGACUCGUCUUUUUCUUGUAACAUUUUUUUGGGGGGGGGGCAAAACUUUUUGGGUUUUUUUUUUUUUUUUGGCUUUUCUUCCUCCUUCAUUUUUCUUCCAAAAUUGCUGCUGGUGGGUGAAAAAAAUGCCGCAGCUGAACGGCGGUGGAGGAGAUGACCUAGGCGCCAACGACGAACUGAUUUCCUUCAAAGACGAGGGCGAGCAGGAGGAGAAGAGCUCCGAAAACUCCUCGGCAGAGAGGGAUUUAGCUGAUGUCAAAUCGUCUCUAGUCAAUGAAUCAGAAACAAAUCAAAACAGCUCCUCCGAUUCCGAGGCGGAAAGACGGCCUCCGCCUCGCUCCGAAAGUUUCCGAGAUAAAUCCCGGGAAAGUUUGGAAGAAGCGGCCAAGAGGCAAGAUGGAGGGCUCUUUAAGGGGCCACCGUAUCCCGGCUACCCCUUCAUCAUGAUCCCCGACCUGACGAGCCCCUACCUCCCCAACGGAUCGCUCUCGCCCACCGCCCGAACCCUCCAUUUUCAGUCCGGGAGCACACAUUACUCUGCGUACAAAACGAUUGAACACCAGAUUGCAAUUCAGUAUCUCCAGAUGAAAUGGCCACUGCUUGAUGUCCAGGCGGGGACCCUCCAGAGCAGACAAGCCCUCAAGGAUGCCCGUUCUCCGUCGCCGGCACACAUUGUCCAGUGCCCCCUCCCUUGCUGCACUCAGGGACAUGACUGUCAACACUUCUACCCCCCCUCAGACUUCACUGUCAGCACUCAAGUCUUCAGGGACAUGAAAAGGAGCCACUCCUUACACAAGGUUGGGGAGCCCUGGUGUUUGGAGUCGAACAAAGUGCCGGUCGUGCAGCACCCUCACCAUGUUCACCCCCUCACGCCGCUCAUCACGUAUAGCAAUGAGCACUUCACCCCGGGAAACCCACCUCCACACUUACCCGCUGACGUUGACCCCAAAACAGGAAUCCCACGGCCUCCACACCCUCCAGAUAUAUCUCCGUAUUACCCGCUAUCGCCUGGCACCGUAGGACAAAUCCCCCAUCCGCUAGGAUGGUUAGUACCACAGCAAGGUCAGCCAGUGUACCCAAUCACGACAGGAGGAUUCCGUCACCCCUACCCCACAGCUCUGACUGUCAACGCUUCCAUGUCCAGCUUCCUGUCUUCCAGGUUCCCUCCCCAUAUGGUCCCACCACAUCACACUCUACAUACGACCGGCAUCCCCCACCCGGCCAUAGUCACGCCAACAGUCAAACAGGAAUCCUCCCAGAGUGACGUCGGCUCACUCCACAGCUCAAAGCAUCAGGACUCCAAAAAGGAAGAAGAAAAGAAGAAGCCCCACAUAAAGAAACCUCUUAACGCGUUCAUGUUGUAUAUGAAGGAAAUGAGGGCAAAGGUCGUGGCGGAGUGCACGUUGAAAGAAAGUGCGGCCAUCAACCAGAUCCUGGGGCGGAGGUGGCACGCACUGUCCAGAGAAGAGCAAGCAAAGUACUACGAGCUGGCCCGGAAGGAGCGACAGCUUCACAUGCAGCUGUACCCCGGCUGGUCCGCGCGGGACAACUAUGGGAAGAAGAAGAAGAGGAAAAGGGACAAGCAGCCUGGAGAGACCAAUGAACACAGCGAAUGUUUCCUAAAUCCUUGCCUUUCACUUCCUCCGAUUACAGACCUGAGCGCUCCUAAGAAAUGCCGAGCGCGCUUUGGCCUUGAUCAACAGAAUAACUGGUGCGGCCCUUGCAGGAGAAAAAAAAAGUGCGUUCGCUACAUACAAGGUGAAGGCAGCUGCCUCAGUCCACCCUCUUCAGAUGGAAGCUUACUAGACUCGCCUCCUCCCUCCCCCAACCUGCUAGGCUCCCCUCCCCAAGACGCCAAGUCACAGACUGAGCAGACCCAGCCUCUCUCGCUGUCCCUGAAGCCCGACCCCCUGGCCCACCUGUCCAUGAUGCCUCCGCCGCCCGCCCUCCUGCUUGCCGAGGCCGCCCACGGCAAGGCCCCCGCCCUCUGUCCCAACGGGGCCCUGGACCUGCCUCCCGCCGCCCUGCAGCCGCCCAUCCUGUCCUCCUCUCUUGCACAGCCGUCAACAUCUUCCUUACAUUCCCACAACUCUCUGGCCGGGACCCAGCCCCAGCCGCUGUCCCUCGUGACCAAGUCGUUAGAAUAGCUUUAGCUUCGUUAGCCCCGCCCUGGUCGGUUUGCGUAGUGUUGCGGUUUUUGCUUUUCUUUGUCCCCCCCACCCCACCCCCCAGCCUCCUGCACCCCCCUCACCCCCUCGGAAAGGUUUUGUUUUGUACUCUUAAUUUUGUGCCACGUGGCUACAUUAGUUGAUGUUUAUGGAGUUCAUUGGUCAAUAUUUGACCCAUUCUUAUUUCAAUUUCUCCUUUUAAAUAUGUAGAUGAGAGAAGAACCUCAUGAUUCUACCAAAAUUUUUAUCAACAGCUGUUUAAAGUCUUUGUAGCGUUUAAAAAAUAUAUAUAUAUACAUAACUGUUAUGUAGUUCGGAUAGCUUAGUUUUAAAAGACUGAUUAAAAAACAAAAAGGAAAAAAAAAAAAAAGAAGCAGUUUUGAAGCAGCCCUCCAGAAGGAGUUGGUUCUGUAUUAUUUGUAUUAAAUACGAGCUUGCGAACCAAUCAUUUUACAUCUGGUUUUUAAACCAUAAGGGCACGACGAAUGCAGUGCCAUAUUCCUUUUUUUUUCCUCUGUGUGAAACAACUUUAAUUGUGAUGUUACUUGUUAUUGUUUAAAUGUACAGAAACAAAGGGUUAAAUGUGUUAAUAUACCUUGUUCCAUGGUGUUGUUCUUUUGGGGGGAGGGGGAUGCUACUCAGCAGUUAAUGGAAUCACAACGCUGUUGGACCAGUAGUAUUUAUUGCUUUAGAGAUUGCUUGUCGAACCUGUACGUUGUCCCUUUUAAGAUAUGUUUUACUUUUUCUUGAAACUGUAUAAAGUUUUUUUUCCCCUUAGCAUAAGCAUCUUAUAUAUAACAACUCAUUUGUACAAGGUUUUUAAGUUUAUAUAUAAAAUGUGUAUAUAUAUUUUUUUGUUUCUCUUUUUGACUUUUUUUUUUUUUUUUUGGCUGUAUGAAACCCAGAUGCCGCCAAAUGGACAUUACUAGUUGCAUUAAAGGAUCAGUAGCAUUAACGAAAGUUGCUUUAAAAGCCAUUAUGUAAAACAAGACUUGAAAAUUAGCGAGGGAAUUUUAGCGAGAUGCUGUGUGAGCAGCUGUGGGAACCAACCCUGUUUCUCCUUUGAACCAUAGUCGGCAGCUCUGUACCCUUAGGACACGGCCUGACUGUGUGCAGAACUUUAUGUGCCAAAAUUCUCAGUAACUUUAGCUUUCUCCCUCUUUUUGAUGCUGUAAUUUUUGUUCAUCAUGUUUUGCUGUGAUGUUACAUAGGUAGAUUUGUAUGUAGUUUUAAUGUCACUUAUAACAAGAUGUGUUUGGUAGCAGAUUGUCCAGAAAGCAUUUUAAAUGAAGAGGUAUAAACCCUUAGGGGCCAAAAUUCUGUAUAUUAGAUUACUCUUAAAGGAAAAACCAGCUGCCGCUUUUAUGUACACGUAUGACAUACAAGUAGGUGGCAAACUUUACAAAUAAAAAAAAAAAAACCUAGGCAUGUUGAUGUUGCAAAAUGCUGUAUAAAGCUGAAACCCGUUCAUUCAGUGCCAUUGUAGUUGACAUGAAGCGAUUGUAAAACUGUCUCCAAUUUUUCUCUGGUUUAUUAAAAUGCUAACUAUAACAUUUUUUGUGAAUACUUUGAAUGUUUCCUAACAGUUGUGAUGUUACUGUUCCGUUUUAUGCUCUUACUCCAAUUUCAUUUUUAAUGGUUUGGAAGCCAUUUUUGUAAUGAAUAAAUGUUCAUGCUGUACAGUAUCUGUAGCAUGCCGUUCUGGAUUAAUAAAAGCAACUUAGUAUGUGCAGA